AUGGCGGCGGCGUCGUCGUCCGGCAGGAGCGAGCGGAGCGGCCGGGCCGAGCGCGGCGGCGGCGCCGCGGGAGCCGCCGGGAUCGGUGGCGCCGCGUCCGCGGACCCCCUGGACGAGAUGCUGGCUCGCGACGUGGACGAGAAGGCGGUCAGCGACCUGGUGGGCUCGCUCGAGUCGCGCCUCGGGGGCGCCCGGGUGGCACUCAUUGCUAACAACCACGCGGCCCGCGGUGGCGGCGGUGGAGCAGGAGAAGCGGCGAGGGAGCAGCAGCUCAAGCAACAGCAGCAGCUGAAGCAGCAGCAGCAGCAGCGACCUCCGGGACACGGGGUAGUAGCAGCAGCUGCAAUUAGCGUCACCGUUGCGAACUCCACGUUUGGAUGUGUGGCCUCCACGCCGGUCAUCAUAACUUCUGUAGGAGGCGGUGGCGGUGCUCCCGUCGCUACUGCCGCUACGGCAGUAGCGACGGGAUCAGCAGCAGCAGCAGGAGGUGGUGGUGCUGGUGCUGCUGCUGCACAGGUUCACCCGAGCCGCCUUGGAGGGAGCACAGUGGCCCCCGCGCUCCCCGCCUCCAUCUCUUCCUCAGUGUCGUCCAUCGCGACCAUCUCCCCCAUCUCCUCCAUCAUCUCCUCCUCCUCCGCCUCGUCGUCUCCGCUGCUGCUGAAUCACGCGACCAAGGCGAUCUCCUUGCCGGUCGGGCAGACGCUCAACGGGAGCACCGUUACCCCCGCGGUCACCCCCGCGGUCAAUCCCUUAGGGGUUUCUUCCCCGGGCUGUGCGAGCAAUGGGGUGAGGACCCUGCCCCCCGCCGCGAACCCUGCCCGCACGGGGGCCCAGCAGGCGGGGGCCCAGCAGGCGGGGACCCCGUGCACCCCGCGGCCACCCCAGGCCGUGUUCAACGGAGCCGAGCACGGCCACGGGACGCUGCUCGGGCAGCAGCAGCAGCAUCUGCAGCUGCACGUGGGAGUGAGUAGCACCACCAGCAGCAGCAGCAUCAGCAGCCCAGUGUCCACCCCUCAGGGGCCGCAGCCCGGCGUCUCGAAACCCCCCCUGGCCGCCGUGACGGCCCCCGCGCUGCCGGCGCAGCUGAGGCCCGCCCUGGUGUCCCCCGUGCACCGCGUGAUGGCCCCGCAGGUGAUCGCCCCGCGGCCCAUGCAGCAGCAGCAGCAGCAGACCAUGGUGCAGCUGCCGCCCGGCUUCACAAUCCCGCCAGGCAUGGUGCUCGUGCAGAAGGAAGGCCACCUCAUCCUUCUGCCCCACUCGGCACUGCAGCAGCUGAGGCCGGCGACUCCCGGAGCCGCGCCUCAGUUUCGUCUCCCGCCCAUUCACCAGCAGCCCCCCGGGACGCACGUGAUUGCGAGGAGCGUGGCCCCCACCAUCAUCAAGCAGAUCUCACCAGGCCAGACCGUUGCCUCCACACAGCCCACGCCGCUGCAGCCUCAGCAGCCGGUCUCCGUGGCGCCCACCACCAUGGCGACGUCGACCGCGACGGCGCCGGCCCACCGGCCUCCCGUGCCGGUCCAGGCCAAGGUCAUCCAACCGCCGACGGUCAUCUCGGCACCGCCCGCCGCCGCCACCUUCAGCACCGCGACGCUCACGCGACCGCCGACCCCGACAACUCCUGUCAUGGUGACGAGCGCAGGGUCGAUCCGACCUUUGACCUCACCCACGACAGUGGCCAUCACGGCGGCGCUGCCGGGCGGCGGCGCCGUGAGAGCCGCUGCCCCAACGCUCGUCAUGACGCCGGAGCUGAUGGAGAACGUGAAGAAGUGCAAGAACUUCCUGUCGACGCUGGUGAAGCUGGCAUCCACGGGGCAGCAGUCGCCCGAGACAGCGCACAACGUGAAGGACCUCGUGCAGAGCUUGCUUGACGGGAAGAUUGAGCCAGAGGAGUUCACCAGCCGGCUGCAGAAAGAGCUCAAGUCGUCCCCACAGCCCUACCUGGUGCCUUUCCUCAAGAAGAGCCUACCAGCGCUGCGGCAGAUGAACAAGAAUCUGCAGACCUUCCCGGCGGCCACCUCCUCAUCCAGCGCGCCGGUGCCCAGCAUCUCCCUCUCGACCAUACGGCCUACGCUCGCCACCGGCACCGGCCUGGGCGUGACAACGCACACGGUGACGUCGCAGCAGCAGCAGCAGCAGUUGCGGAUGAAGCAGUUGCAGGCGCUGUCGGGCGCCCAGGGAACCGUGCUCACCCGUCCCACCACCUCCAUCGGCCACAUGCGGCACAUACAGCCAGGCAUGGCGGUGAGAUUUGGGGCGGUGAGCGGCAAGGGCCCGGCAGUCGGCCUCUCUACCGGCGCCCUCGCGACCUCCACCAGCCACACGGCCUCCACGGCACAGAAGGGGAAGUUCAAGGACGCGGGCGGGGGCACCUUCAAGGACGACGAUGACAUCAACGACGUGGCGUCGAUGGCCGGGGUCAACAUUAACGAGGAGAGCGCGCACAUCGCGGCCACGGGCUCCGAUACGGUCGGCACGCAGAUCCGCUCGUGCCGCGACGAGGCCUUCCUCUCCGGCACACCGCUGCUGGCACGCAUGCAGGACAUUGCCAAGCGGCACGGUGUGAGCGAGGUGCCGGCGGACGCAGUGAGCCUGAUGUCGCACGCCGCCCAGGAGCGGCUGCGUGGCGUCAUCGAGAAGCUGACGGUCAUCGCGCAGCACCGGCUCGAGAACAUGAAGGAGGAAGAGCGGUACGAGCAGACGAACGACGCUCGCUCGCAGCUCAAGUUCUUCGAGCAGCUCGACCGCCUGGAGAAGCAGCGCAAGGACGAGCAGGAGCGCGAGAUCCUGCUGCGAGCAGCCAAGAGCCGGUCGCGGCAAGAGGACCCGGAGCAAGCGAGGCUCAAGCAGAAAGCCAAAGAGAUGCAGCAGGCGGAGCUGGCGCAGAUGAGGCAGAGGGACGCCAACCUCACGGCACUCGCCGCCAUCGGGCCCCGCAAGAAGCGGAAGAUCGACUCUCCCAGCCACGGCUCAUCGGGCGAGGGUGGAGCGACGUCCGGCGCGGCGACGGCCGCCGCGUCCUCCUCAUCGUCCGCCUCCUCGUCGUCGUCGUCGUCGUCGCUGUCCCAGGCGGGGGGGGCGGCGGGGGCCGGUCAGGGGCCAUCGGGCGCCGGCGGGGCAAGCGGGACGCCGGCGUCGAGGCCGUUCUCGCGACAGAGAAUCACCCGCGUCAACCUCAGGGACCUCGUCUUCUACCUGGAGCAGGAGCGAGAGGGCAGCCACUCGCUGCUGCUCUUCCAGGCGCUGUUCAAGUGACCCCCCCACCCUCGCCCGCCCUCCCCCCCUCUCUCCCUCCCCCACGUGCCCGGCCCUCCCCAGGCGCGAGACGGCGCCCGCCCCGACGACUCGGCCCAUUCUCUUCGCCGGUGCCGCCGACGCCGUAGUGGUGGCGGUGGCGGCGGUGCCGGUGAGGGGAAGAUGGAGGAGGAGAGAGAAUCAUAAGUCUGUCCUUGUAGCUGGGAUGGUGCUAAUGGAGGGGGGGGGGGCUCAGUGACACCCCGCUUUUGCCUUCCCCCCCCCCACUUGCUUUGCUGGGGGGCGGGCAUUGGUGGAGGGGGGGGGGGCGAGCUGUUGGAGGAAGCGCUGUGUGGAGAGUCUCGUGUGCGUGGUGAGAGUGAAUGGUGAGAGUGAAUGGUGAGAGUGAAUGGUGAGAGUGAAUGGUGAGAGUGAAUGUACGCGCGUGGUGAAAGUGAAUGGUGAGAGUGAAUGUACGCGCGUGGUGAGAGUGAGUGUACGCGCGUGGUGAGAGUGAAUGUACGCGCGUGGCGAGAGUGAAUGGUGACAGUGAAUGUACGCGCGUGGUGAGAGUGAAUGGUGAGAGUGAAUGUACGCGCGUGGUGAGAGUGAAUGGUGAGAGUGAGUGUACGCGCGUGGCGAGAGUGAGUGUACGCGCGUGGUUAGAGUGAAUGGUGAGAGUGAAUGUACGCGCGUGGUGAGAGUGAAUGGUGAGAGUGAGUGUACGCGCGUGGUGAGAGUGAAUGGUGAGAGUCAGUGUACACGCGUGGCGAGAGUGAAUGGUGAGAGUGAAUGUACGCGCGUGGCGAGAGUGAAUGUACGCUCGUGGUGAGAGUGAAUAGUGAGAGUGAAUGUACGCUCGUGGUGAGAGUGAAUGGUGAGAGUGAAUGUACGCGCGUGGCGAGGGAAUGUACGCGUGGCGAAGGUGAAUGUACGCGCGGUGAGUGAAUGGCGAGUGUGAAUGGUGAGAGUGUACACGCGUGCGUGUGCCUGAUUUUUCCUUGUUUAUUUAUCAGCCCCACACCCCCCCCCCCCUUGCUGUUGUGAUGUUUCUCUCCCAUGCCCCCCACCCAAAUUCCCUUCCUCGCCCCCCACCCCCCCCACUGGCCAAGAAUAAUAAUGAUGAUGACUUCCGGGGGAGAGUGGGGGACAGAGGGGGAAGCUCCUUAAUGUCACCACCAUCCCCACAAUCGCCGUCAUCAAAAUUGCCAUCGUCACCAUCGUCACCACCGUCACCACCGUCGUCGUCACCACCAUCCCCACAGCAGCCGUCAUCGCCACCACCGUCCUCGGUAUUGUUCGUGAUGUUGGCACGGUGUGCGUCUCGCCUCCGCACGGAAGGAACCCAUCUCUCAAGCCAAUCCUAGCGAAAUUUCUACGACGAAAAAAUUGUUUGCACUGCGCAAUUCUCGGGCAUCUCUCUAACGAAUCCUGCUGCAUCUCCGCCAGCGUGGACCGCGCCGGCUCCAGUCUCACAUGGACGACUCAGCGCGAGCGGGCGAGCGAGCGCGCGCCCCACGGCUCUCCCACCUCCCCUGUACAUAGUUUUACGCGCUCUUUUUUGGACAGAAAACAAAAAGAUAGAAUAUACGUUGUCACACCUUUGAGAAUUGUGUUCAUAUUUUUGGUAAUAAAUAAUGGAUCCGA